ACACCCAUAACGUCCCCAAAAUGCGUUUAAACUGAUUUAACAAAAAGGAAGUUUGUAGAAAACGUGAAACAUAAACAACACAAAACAGGACAGGACAACGACGCGGAGUUUUCAAAUAGUGGCGCCGUUGGGCCGUGUCCCAAUUCGUUGAACAUCUCCGUACUACGCUGCCUUGUUGCUGUAUUAGUCGUCACGACGUGGAGAAAGAAAGUAAAUUCGACGUUUUGAUUGAAUAUACGUAAUCACUAGGUUUUCUAUGUAGUAAAUAUAGCACUUAUCUUUUCAGUUAACAUGAUUAUUAAAAAAACAAGGUGGAAAGAAAGGGAACAGUCUCACAAAAUCGAUCAACGCCUGAUUUUUUUUACUACGAACGUCAUAUUAAAGCGCCUCUAAAUGCUUGUUGCUAUGGAGACGAGGCUCGUGUUUACAGACUGACGACUGGUUUUUUUUCUUCACGUUUUUAUUUUCAACCAUGGACUCAAAAAUACACAUAGAAAUUGUCGGUUUAAUUAAAGACUGUAAUUUCCAUGUUGCCAAAAGUAUUGCCGAGGGAUUAAAACAGAAGUUUCCUGAUGCAUUUCUGGAUCCAAAAAUUCAACCACUACUCGAAUUUGACUGGCACACAUAUCUGUGCCACAAGAAAAUGGAGCUGCGUGGUGAAGCGUGGCAGUACUCCAGCAGCCUGAUGUGCUUUCUGAACGGCAUUCUCCUUGGUAAUGAGAAGGAUCUCGCUGGCUGGGCUAAGAAUCAGUGGAGUUUCUCUUUCACUCGGCCGCAGGCUUUCUAUAUGGCUCUCACUGAGGACUACUACACCAAACACCUGCGGAACACUGGGCAUCAGUUUGUCUUCAUGGAUAUUGAGAUAGCAGGAGAGGCAGUAGGGAGGUUAUUGUUUGAGCUGUUCUCAGAUGUUUGUCCAAAGACAUCAGAGAACUUUGAGGCUCUGUGCACAGGAGAACGUGGUCCGUCACAGAGCGGCUUCCCACUUUCCUACAAGGGCUCUGUGUUUCAUCGUGUGGUGCCCAGUGGCUGGGUGCAAGGAGGAGAUAUUUCUCCAGAGAGGAGAGGUGAUGGAGGGGAGUCCAUCUAUGGACCAACUUUUGAAGAUGAGAGCUUUGCCGUGUCCCACAUUAGACGGGGCACUCUAGGAAUGGCCAAUAAGGGUCCCCACAGCAAUGGAUCCCAGUUCUACAUCACCCUGCAGCCCACACCCUGGAUGGACAGGACCUAUGUUGCCUUUGGCCGUGUGGUUGAGGGUGUCGACGUCCUCAAGAGAUUAGAAGGAGCUCUGACUUGCAAUGAAAGACCCAAGUAUGAAUGUAAAGUUAAGGAUUGUGGAGUAUUUAAGUUUUAAGCUUAGUGUUUAAAUUAUUUUUUCCCAAUGUUUUUCAUGUAAUCAAAUAAACCUGGAAUACAUGUAACA